AUGACUAAUGAAUGGAUGAUAUACUUCCCUGUUGACGCAUACGCUCAAACUAUUCAAAUUGAUGCUUUCGGUUACCAGAAGACUAUUCAUAUCUACGAUGGAAAUGGUCUCGAGGUAGAAGGUUUCAGUCUGGUACAUGACACAUACGCUGGCUGGGAUAUUUUAGAGAUACGUCAAGAUUGUGACGAGGGAUGGGAAAAGAUUGGACAGUAUUGCGCACUGUUUGUCGUCCAACCGAUGAAUUUCACGGAUGCACAGAACCAUUGCCAUUCGGCUGGUGGAAGUAUUGUCGAUGACCUCACUGAUGGAAAACAUCAGUACUUGGCUUCUGUCGCACACGGAUUCAAUUUCUGGAUUGGACUCUACAACAACGGAAGUACUUACCUCUGGGAUCGUCCCGAUGGUGUCGCUCCACUGCCGCUAACUCAAGAUCAGCAAUACUGGAAAGGAGGUGGUACUGCACCGCCCUAUGAUCAAAAUGCUUCUUGUGUAUUCUGGAAUGACGCUGUGACUGAUGGAAACACUUGGACACUCGGCGCUUGUACUGCGAGGCUUCCAUUCUUGUGUCAGAAGCAUCAGUAUGAUGAGAAUCACCUUCCCAACGCAAUAGGAGACGAUGAUCUUCCUGCUGGAAAGUGGAGUAUGAGUAUUUCCGUCGAUCCGGCAGCUGGACAACCAGAAAUCUGUUCGGUAAACGUGCAAAUGCAGAGUAGUCUACAGAUGGUUGUCGGUUUCACUACUGAUGUUGCAUCAGAUUAUCCAUAUCUCGACCCAAUAGCGGAUUCACAAACGUUCUACAAUGCUGCCACAUACGAGAUGCGUGCCGGUUGUUCGUUCCCUUGGGUAACCCAGACAUUCAACUGCCCGAAUGCUCAAAAUAAAGCCAACGAAUUUCUGAUUGCGCAUAUCGGUGAAGAUGAAUUCGGCAAUAUGUUCCAAAGAAUGACCCUAGCCCAUUGUAAUAAAGCAGAUCUGAGCUGUGGUAAUGGUGGAGUUCGAUAUAAUGGUAGCUGUAUCUGCACUGAAUACUGGACAGGGCGAUUCUGUACAGUGCCGAUUUGUGUGAAUGGUGGCACCCGUAGCUCGUCCGAAAAUCAAUGUAUGUGCCCGAAAGGAUACACCGGACCAAACUGUCAAUUUGAAGACUGUACCAAACGAUCGCCGAUCACCUUCUCGACAGACGCGAAGACAUUCGUACUUGUUGCCGAAGCUACCCAGCAGAGUCUGGCCGCCAUUAAUGGGCUUGUUGCUCAGCUAACAACAAUUGUUACAAAUGCCACUGCUAAUCAUCCGAAAUGGUUUGCCAACUACGUCCUUGUCACUUUCGACUCCACGGGCGCUUCCACAUCCGCUUCGUUCAGCUCGAUCCAGGCCUUGGUGUUCAGUCUGAAUUCGGCUGCUGGUAGAGCAACUGACAGUGGAAAAUGCAACUUACCAGUAUAUCAGGCCCUCCAGAACGCUCUCAAGAAAUAUGUAGCCUAUCCGAACAGUGAAGUGUUCGUCAUCACUACCGCUGCUCCCAGUGACGAUGCAAAUCGCCAAGGGGCUGUUGAGCUUAUCAGUGAUAGUCAAGCACAUGUGAAUUACAUCUAUGUGUCGACAGAUGCAUGUACAACUCAAGAUUCGACAUUGGCUACAGCGGCCGCGACCGCUUACGGAUCCGGUGGAAGCGUAGCAAUCACCGACACCGCAAACCUCAACAAUUAUCUCGCCGCUUUCCUACCAACCCUCUAUGGCACCUCCAUGCUCACUGAUCCCACUUAUCACACAAAAUUCACGUGUACCGGUAACACUGACUGGUAUGUGCAGAUCGACAAGAAUACCACUUCAAUUUUCGUCGCUGCCACAUCGCAAUAUGGUUCGCUCGGUGUGAUUAACCCACUAAACAUGGAUAUGGCUGCUAAUGUGCUGUUCAAUGUUGGUGGAACGAAGCUGUACGAGAUCGACACUAGUGGUUUGCCCGGAAUCUACACUCUUGCGCUAACCUCUCCCGGAGCGUGCUAUGUACAUGUGUACUCGUACGGCGGAGCCAAAGUCUACACAGAAUUCUCCAUUACCACUACUAGCGAUCCGCGUGGGUCACAUACAGACGGGCAACAACCACAUCCUGCUGUAGGAGCGCAAAAUAUCGCUACCUUCCACCUCGAUGGACCACCCGGUCAAAGGGGCUACCUUCAAUACGUCGAAGUGAUCAGUCCCGACACACAAACGCUGGUUUUGCGCUCUGAUCUCUAUCGACGUGGCAUGUGCACGUUCGAGUACUACUCAGAUCCAUUCUUCUGCCAGACAGAAUCAUUAGCAUUGUUUGUUUACGGAGUAGAUGAGUACAAUCAACAGUUCCGAAGAAUGGAGCAGUUCUUCUGUGUUGAUCACAGUCACCCAGUGACUACUGUAGUGCCGACUACAGUUGUGCCACCAGUGACGGUGACAGUACCAUCAGUGCCUACAACACAACCUGUAACUAAACCAUCGCCUGUAGCGACCACAACCAAUCCACCACUUCCGACAUCUCCAGGAAAUAAUCCGUCGACACUCCAGCCGGCGGUACAUCGUUUCGACAUUCUAUUCCUCAUUGAUGUCAGUGAGGAAGCGAAGGGUAGAUUGUCCGAUAUGAAUAGUUUCGUCGCGUCAGUUAUGUCCGCUUACGACGUGUCGCAGCAGAACGCUCGUGUUGCAAUAAUAGCGGUAGGAAGUGUAGCGAUGGGUGCGAUCCCGGUUGCUAACUUCGACACCAUCGACUCAAACCAGAAUCUGCUGAACUACAUCAACUUAGUUAGCACCUAUACGGAUUUCAAUGAUGCUGGCCAGGCUAUUGCACAGGCCUUGAACAUUGCUGUGAACAACGACUUUAUGCAUUCCGGAUAUCGAACCGAUCUCAAGAAUCAUGUGAUUGUAUAUGUCACGGCUACAACUAAAUUCGACGACCAACCACAAGGAAUCGCUGACAAGAUCCGCAAGGCUGGCAGCUAUGGCAUCAUCAGUGUCGGUUACGGACCGCUUGCAACUGAUCAGAAUGCUCUCCAGAGCAUAUCUGGUGGAAUCGCCUGCACAUUCACUGCAAGUAGUUCUGAUGCGCUCCUCACCCAAGUGGCAGCUGUUAAGCAGCUCAUCGACAACGCUGAGUAA